UCACAUAGCAGAGUAAUAUAGUUAGUGGUCACUGUCAAUAAUUCAGUUGAUGAUAGCCGAUAGGUACCUACCAAAUUGUUGAUUUAGGCUUGACAACUGGAAAUAUUUGCAAUGGAACGGAGCUGGAUAGUAUUGAUGACUGUUUUUCAGGCGGUAAUAUUAACGACGUUAGCAGCAACGUCGGUCAAUCCAGUCGAAACCACUAAUAAUUAUCGACAAGUUAAAGCUCGCAGCAGAGCCUCGGAGCAUCGCAGCGGUCAGCUACAGGUGCUGGCACAGGUGUCCACGGAUAGAACAUUUACAAGGCAACCCAAACCUCAAAAAAGAGCAGAUUAUCGCCGACCGUCACCGACCGUUAACGAUUCAGUCCAACAACAACAACAACAACAACAACAACAACAUCAUCAUCAUCAACAUCGACAACAACAACAAUACGGCGCUGCGAUGUCACAUUUAGACUGGACGCCAAUUAUGCAGCCUAAGGAACCAUUGCAAAAAGAUUAUCAGCAGCGACAGAUACGUCAACCGGACGCUGUCGUUACGUUCGUGACGCCACAGCCGCAGGCGCUGCCGACGACAAUGACGCACUACAAGUAUGAGCCGAGUCCGAAAAAUCACGUCCAACAUCUCGACGACGAAAUUGAUGAAUUCCGUAAUCUUUACCGAUACGUAAACGCAAGUGAAUUAUCUGAAGGGUAUAACAACAAGCAUCGUAACGUAACGCACAUCACUAAUACGUACGGAGCCGUCGACGAGUACCGUAAAAAUUCAAACUUCGGUUUUCACGGCGGAGUGCUGGAGAACAAGACUCGUAGUCAAAACAGCGACAGCAACAAUGGGGUUUACGGAGCCAAAGGACAAAAUAAACUUUCUCCUCAAGAUGUGUACAACACGGACGGGGAGUCCGAUGAGGAAAAUAACGAGCGACCACCUAAAAUUAACCAUUUAGAUUUCCAGCUCGACCCCCAUCGAAAUGCUCUGAACCGUAUCGUAAACACCGAUGUGCUGCUGCUGCAGUUGCAGGCUAACGAAAAUAAUAAACAUAAUGAUCAGGUUGACAGCGUAAACCCCGUCGACCAGAGGACACAGAUCCGAUACGGGGAUAGUCAGCAUUUGCAUUUACUCGAUGGUGAAUCGAAAAGUGCAGACGUCCUUCGCGAUUACCCGAGUAACACGACCACCGCGGCCACAUAUCCGAUGUCAAUAUUCGAUCAAGGAAAUAGUCAUGCCGAAUUGUAUGAUGAUCAUAACUAUAUUGUGUACAACACCAACGACGACGUGGCAAACGAACAACGUCUAAAUCACAAAGAAGGUGUCGACGAUGUGAGUAAUGAUUUUUAUCGCUAUGAUAACCCAAAAUACGCAAACGCGAACGGGGAAGUCGACGGGCGAGGAAAUGGUACGCACCAUGAUUAUGCGAUCGUCCACACAGACUCCUCGAAAGCGAAAAAACACGAAGACGGUAGGAAAUUGUAUGUAAAUAAUUUGAAGCUCGACCUACAAGACGCGCCCAAGAACAAGCAGCGGGUCAGCAGUAAUCGGCACGCAAACAUGAACGUGACGACUGCUGCAGAAUUGGAGGCGGACAGCCACGUAUUAACGUAUAAGCGGCCGUGGGGUCACAAUGACGAGCGGGGGGAAAUCGACCACCGACGCCGUCAAAAGCCAUCCGUCAACGGCGGACGCGCCGAAGCAAAUCCGACGAUCCCGACGACGACCUCGGCUCGACCACUGCGACGUAAAGCGCAAUCGUCGGCUCAGACUCGCCGAACGGCGGCCGAAGACGACAAAAAUGACGACGGGACAGGUGGUCGGACACUGUACAGUGGUCAAAACGGUCACGAACGAAAACACAAUCUCAACGAUCGUGGACGUAUCACGCCACCUAGCGAUAAACAACCAUCGUCGACCACUUCACUAGCGCAUGUUAUAGAGCAAGACGUGAUAGACGGCGAUGACGAUUACAUCGCGACAGAAGAAGAACUGGAACAGGUCGAACAAGGCGGUUACGGUUUCGGGUACACCGUAUUGGACGAGAACGUGGGGAUGGAUUUCGGUCAAUGGGAACGUCGCGAACCAGGUCGUACCGGUACAGUGACCGGACUGUACCGGCUUCGGUUACCGGACGGCCGGACGCAGACCGUCAAAUAUACCGUAAGCCCAGCCACCGGCUACAGGGCGUCCGUUACUUAUGAGGGUAUCCAGCGUCAUCCAGCUGCAACACCAUCGCCGCGUCCUGUCAAAGGCGCCGAAACGCGGUCACCUGACUAAAACAAUUAUUAUUAUUAUUGUUGUUUAUAUAUAUGUAUUUAUUAUUUUGUAACUAUGGUUUUUAUUUAUUGCAAUUAAUUAUACUAUUUAUUUUUAAGGA